AAAUAAUAAUAAAUUCUCUAUUAUUUUAAUUAUAUAUUUAUUAUUUCUAAUUAAUUACUUUUAAUUACAAAAGUGAAAAUGUUUUCUACUUUUUACACAAAAUCGGGAGAAGAAUUAAAUCGGAUUUACGACAGACCUUUGGCAUUAAUUGCCUCAAAAAAAGCGUACGAUCAUUUUGUGGAUUAUACAACUGAAAAGCACAGAAUGGCCAUUCUUGCUGAUAAAGAAGUAAAAAGAUUGGAGGAAAUUAAAAAAGCCACUUAUGAAAUGUCAAAAACUUGGGACAAUACAAUUGAGAAUAUAAAUAGAAAAAAAGAAGAAGAAUUAUUAGCUAAAACUAAAAAAGAGGAAGCUGAUAAUAUUCAGUUUAUGGAGGAAAUGGCAGCAAAAAAAGCGGCAGAACAUGCAGAAGUUAUUGAAGAAGCUAGAAAAUUAUUGCUUUACACGAAACCUCAGUGUAGACUUAUUAACAGAGCACUUCUCACGUCCGAGUGUCUAAGGGAAUUAGAUGCACAGCUUCAAUUUCAAAGAAAUUUGAAGCACCUUGAGAAGGAACAAGAAAAUGAAUCCUCUGAAAACUUCAAACAGGAAAUUAAAAAACACGAAGAAGAAGAGAGAAAAAGAGCCGAAGAAAUGAUAUUGAAAAAUAAAAUCUAUGCAAGUGAACUAAAAAAGCAAAUUUAUAGAAAUGAAUGUAUCUCAAGAAAAAAAGAGGUAUUGCAAAAAGAAACGGCAAAACAGGAAUUAACAAAUAUUACAAAAAAAAUUGAAAUGGAAAAAAAAUUGGAAACUGAAGAAUCAGAAAAGAAGAAAAAACAAUUACGUGAACAAUUUCUAAAAGCCCUCGAGGACAAACGAAAACAUGAACUAAAAGUUAAGCGCGAUCAGGAAUUCGAGGAACAAGCAAUGGCUGUUUAUAAUAAAGGAAAACGACAAAUAGAAGCGAAAUUAGAUGAUCAAAUAAAAAGGGAAAAAGAAGACAGAAUUCGUCGUUCAGAAUAUUUAGCAAAAAAAUGUGCAGUUAUUGCAAAGUCACGUGACAAGGAGGAAGAGACGAUAUUGAAAAAGGCGUUAGAGAAAAAGAAUGCCGAGGAUGAGGAGAAAAAAAUAAUACGCAAACGAUAUGAGGAAAAAUUACGAAUGGAAAUGGAAAAAUAUCGACAGGAACUCGCUGUUUUAGUGGAAAAUCAGAAAAAAGAAGAGGAACAAUUUAAAGUAUGGGAAAUAAAACAGAGACUUGAGAGGGAUAAAUUCAACAAGGAUAUUAAAAUUCAGGAUUACAAGAGGGAAAAAUUGAAGAAAGAAAAAAUUGCCAACACACUUCGCAGGCAAAUUGCGCAGAAAGAAGCUGAACAGAAACGUAUAAAAGAAUUAGAUGAUAAAAAUGAUGUGACGAAGGAAAUAAUUGAGAAAACAAACGAAAAAAUUCUUUCCUAUGGUGAGGAAGUUCUUAAAGAAUCAGAAGGUGUCAGACCACUUUAUCCUAUUGUUAAAGUUCUUCAGGUAAACAAUUUAAAAACGAAGUGA